GCACUGAUUAAACGGUAAACUUAGUUUGCGCUUGACUGGCGAUCGCUCUGAUUUUUUCAUGAAUAAAACUCGAAUUACACGAUGCGAUUCUUGGAAAAUAUAAAAAGCAAUGUUGGGGACAAACGCCUCAGCACCACCUUUAAGGCGCAGCCACAAGCUCAACCGGCACUCAAUGAUCUGCGGAAGAAUUUGCAAGAGCGCAGAGACCUGGAGACCUACGUACGCCAGCUGAUUAACACGUCGGACGUGCUUCCUGUAAUGGAGACGCUCUCGCGUGCUUCGGAGCAGGGCCCGGCCACUGUCACCGGCUGGUAUACGGUGACCAUGGCCAAGUGCGCCGGCCUGCCGGAUUCUACCAUUUACACGGCGCUCAACUGGGUUAUGGUGCCGCUGCAUGUGGACAUUUUCAACUUCAGACGCAGUGGACCUGCUGACAACAAUGACCGUGUCGAGUUCAUGCUGGACAACUCACUAUACGCUAACAGGCUUAAUCGUCUGCGGGAGAAUGUCAUGGUCAUGUAUACUUGUCAGCCGUUGGAGGUGCAUGUGAAACCUGGUCUUCCAAUCAUUGACGCUGCAGUUUCCACGGCAUUCGAGAAAGCGGUGGAAGCUGCCCUGCGCGGGCGAUACAAAGCUGCGACACGUACCUUGGAUUUAUCCCGAUUCCACGCAGAUCCUCACCUUUCUGAACAUUUUUGCCCACUUCAUGUUGUAAAGUUCUUGGAGGGAACUUUGAAGGUGGCGCGCCGAGAGCUCCAGAACGAAGUGACAGGAAUCAUCUUGAGCAACAACUAUCUAUGCUCCCUAAAAGCCUUUGCUAAUAUCUCGGCGGAUGACUUCAGCGCUCUUGAGCGACUCGACAUCAGCGCCAAUAAUAUCAACGAAUUGGCUGAGCUAAAGUAUCUCAGCAAGCUUCCAAUCAAGACGCUGCUGCUGUGCGGCAACGAGGUGACAAAACUUGAAUCGGAUGACAUAAAGGCUAUCCUUCCGCAGCUGAAGGACAUUCAUGGCUGCUUGCAAACGAAGCCCACAGCUACCUUGCUAAAUAAUCUGCCUAAAUUCAAACAACUAAAUGGCGGCGAUUCCGGCUCCACUGGCAUAAAGUUUAGCCAACGGUUUGUCAAGUCCUAUUUUGACAUCUUUGACGAUCCCGCCCAGCGCCACCAGCUCACCAAAUUCUACGACAAUCAAGCCACCUUCUCACUGAGUGCUCCGAAGCAGCUCAGCCAUGUAAGCGUCUACAGGUUGUACAAUCGCAACCAUCAGAGCCUCCAGUCUUCGUUCGCACGCAUCGGCAAGCUACAGGUGGGCAGCUUGGCUGUGACUCAAGCCCUUGGACGCUUUUCCCGAAUGGUCACGAGCAUCCAGAGGGCCAGCGUGGACGUCCUGAUGUUCAACAACCGUCUGCGUAUCCUAGCACUGACGGGCUACUUUAAGGAGCACACCUCCCAGGGCUGGGAACAGCGACACUUUCAACGCACCUUUGUGCUACAUCGGCCUGAAGGUUGUGCUGGCUGGAUGAUAACCAACGACAUGCUAAGCAUAAUUUCUACGCACAUAGAUCAACAUGGUCCCAUCGCCACUGCGCCGCAAAAGAUUUUCAUAAAUCCAGACAGUAUUAAUUCCAGCUCACCCAUCGGGGACAGAGAAGUGAAGCAGUCUACUUCUGCUAAUAAUGCCUCGCCAAAGCUAGUUAUAGAUGCCGUGGACCAGGCUGUUCAAGAGCUGAGCCUAUCCAUGCCCAGGAUGGCACUCGUUACCCAAACACGUGACGAGGAAAUGCCACUGAUGGAAAUGCCUCCGCUGGUGGCUAUACCGUCAACUGUGUCCGCCACUCCUUUAGUCAUCGAUAUCGACAAAGACUUAGAGCAGGAGAUUGACACAGCUCUAUGGAUCGAUGAUUCUCUGGUCAUCGAUGAGGAAGUGCUCUUCGGAGAUGUAUAAAUUUUGAUCCAAAAGAUAUCAUUCAGUUGUAGGAUUAAGCUUUCACUAGGUCCAUAAGGCAUAGAUAAAUAAGUCGCCAAUAAGUCAAGCCCAAUUCCCAAUAAGCUAACUCUUUAUUACCUUCUAUUCCCCAAAAGCCUACAAACACAACU